UGCGGAAGGGCUUCUCUGCGUAGAAGCCCAGUGCUGCAACAAGCAGCACAGCACCCAUUCCUAAUACAAUACAAUACAAUUUGACCAUAAUCUUCACUACAUCGGAGACCAGUUGCUGCCUGAGUGGCAGCAGUGCACCUUAAUUACCAUUACCAUUUGACCAUAAAAAAUGUUGAGCCAAACGCAGCUACAAUUCUAUAAAGACAACGGGUACCUCUUGUUGGAUGAGGUGUACACGACAGCCGAAAUCGACGAAUGUUCUUUAGAAUAUGAUGAGAUUUUCGCACUGAAAAAGAAUUCGGAACUAGAGGCUACAUGGAGAGGCGAUUGGAAGGAUGAAGCGUCGGUAAUUUUUCUCGGCAGUCUUAAUUUACCAUCGGGUACAGGUUCAGCAUUUCCUAUGCACCAAGAUUAUCAGUAUUUUCCUUACAAGAAGGAUACUUUGGUAGCUGUUUUUAUCCACUUGGAUGACACAAGUAUGGAAAAUGGUGGAUUAGCUGUUUAUCCUGGUUCUCAUCACCUUGGUCCAUUAGAAGACAGAGGCAACAUUCCUGGCUGGCAUUAUGUCGAUCAAGAUAAGUUUCCGAUCGAGAAAGCAACGCCAGUUAACGCAAAGCGAGGGCAAGUCGUCAUUUUUUCGUAUCUACUUGUACAUGGCAGCUAUCCCAACACGUCUGAUAGCGUUCGACGAAUGCUGCUCUUUCAGAUGAUGUCAGCUCACGACGAAAAACUUAGGGAAACCCAUCGCUCCCCAUGCCAAGGAAUGGUUCUGAGUGGAAGAAAUCCGCAUGCAGAAGCCAACAUAAAAAAACGGCACGAAGAAUGCUGAGUGCAGUGUAAUCGUGGAGUAUACUUGUUAGAUUUGUAUUAUAUUAUUAAUUUUGGGUCUUGCGAAAUGAAUUACAAAUUUAUUUAAAAAAAAAAACGUACCUGUACGUCUCCGAAAAUAUGUACAGUGGUCUAAAUAAAAGACCGUGGCCCAAUUUUGUCACAAAUGGGGGAAUCACCGACAAAUA